ACAGGUGGCGGGGGAAUGAGAGAGGGAGCCGUGCAUAUAAAUUGCUACUGCCCUACCUCUGCCACCGGUUGAUCCAUGGGAGCGAGACGGUGAAGGGCAGCUGUAGACAUUAAGGCUGGGUUGAUAGGUGUUCAGGAGUGUUGCAUUGCCUAUUUCGAAGGGCUUGUUUUCACUGCAGCUGGAAGCAGCUCUUGUAAAUAGACACACUGUGAUUGUACUUCUGUGAAGUUUUAGUAGUAAACCAGAAGGGUGUAGAGACCUCUUGGAGGUUACAGUAUACUUUAAAAUGGUUGCCACUAGCAGUCUAAGCAGUAAAAGCACCGCAUGCAUUUCAGAACUGAUACACCAAGGCUUUCACCUUGCAAAUGUAACUGACUUUGACUACUGGGAUUACAUUGUACCUGAACCCAACUUUACAGAGGUGGUGUUUGAGGAGAGAACCUGUCAGAGUUUAGUUAAAAUGUUGGAGAACUGCCUGUCCAAAUCAAAGCAGACCAAACUUCACUGCUCAAAGGUUCUGAUACCAGAAAAGCUAACCAAGAGAAUAGCUCACGAUGUAUUGUGGCUUUCUUCAACUGAGCCCUGUGGUUUGAGGGGCUGUGUUAUCCAUAUCAAUUUACAAAUUGGAAAUGUAUGUAAAAAGCUGGAUAAAAUUAUCUAUGACCCCAGUGUUGUUCCUACUUUUGAACUGACACUUGUGUUCAAGCAGGACUGUUGCUCGUGGCCCAGUUUCAGGGACUUUUUCUUUACCCAAGCUUGUUUUGCAGCUGGCAGCAAACGUACUCUGAUUCUAAGUCCUGGGUUUAGGCUUAUUAAGAAAAAACUGUACUCAUUGAUUGGGACAGUUAUUGAAGAAUGCUAGAAAUCUUGUUGCACAUUUAAAACUGCACCUGAGGCCACGAACUAAAAUUCACAAGUGGAGUUUGAUAACCUGAAUUUUUAAGAGGUAUCUACACUUUGAGUCCAUGCACAGAAACCAGUGUGUUCUGUUUAUGCUAUGCCAACAAUUCAGUGUAUAAACCUUCAGGCUGGCAUAAGAUCUUCCCAGUGCAGUUUAUUGCCUGUUUAUUUCUGGGUCUGAAGAAAAGGCUGAAACAAGAGGGAAGGAAAGCUAAUUUUUUUGUUACUUAAAACUUAUAGCUAGCAUCUGACUGACCUGUCUUGCAGUCAACCAGGUAAUUAUUACUGAAACUUUUUAAAUAUAAAGCUCUUAUGCCAUAGAAUUAUUUAUAUCAGUAUAGGGUUAUAGUUAUGAAUAUUUUUCACCAAAAACUAUGGAGUUCUUAUUAAAUCAUGUUGAGCUAAUUAAACUGUGGCUGUCAAACUCCUCUACCCAACUCAAGAAAUAAAUCUUACCUUUUAAAAGGUACCAGACUUAUAAACCUGGUGCAAAAGCAAAUAUUUUCUUAAGGGUUAUGUAGUAAACCUAAUUCACUCAUUCUGAGGACUAUGCCAAAUUGCAGUGCAGUUUCAGCAACAUGCCCUCUUAAAAUUUUGAUGUAUUUAGGGGCAACUUAACUGACUUCUGUUUCAUCUAGUCAUUUGAGUUUGAAUAUUUGCUGUUGUUAAAACUUGGGGAAACAAUGCAAUUUGGGUCAUGACAGUGGAUUUAAAUUGCUGAAGUAGAAAUGCUAAAUCAUUGUCUUAGAAAACACUUGCCUACCUCAUACUCUGUUUUGAAAAUGAAAUAGGAAUGUCUGUCAGGAUUCCCUUCUUUUGCUGGGUAGAAAACAACUGCAUAAUAGGAUUUAGUCAUGUGCCUUUCUCCAAGUAGAACCAAGAAACACUUUUGUUGGUACUCUUGUUGGCUCCUUUCCAAAGGCUAGAAGAUCUCUCUUCUGGCAUGUUAAUUUUGUAAGCUUUUCUUUUGGUGGUAUGGAGGACUGAAGCCCCACUGAAGUGGCCCUCUGGUUCAGGCAAUUUCUCCCUUUCUUGAUCCUACCCUCUUAAUUAUCCAAAUAGCUAAAGUUUAGCUAAGUGCUCAAACUUAUGCUUUAUAUUGCUGCUCAGUGGUCACUUCUCCCUCCCCCCCUCCCACCCCUCCCCCACUGAAAUAGUGAUGGCCACUGUAACUCCACUUCUUUCAGAGCCACUAUGCAAUAUGGGAGAUCAGGAGGUAAAGGCUUGCCUAAUCAUCUAGUCUUCUUUUCCCUGCCAUGCUUCUUAGCAUGUGCCCAGAGAACAGUUACUAAGCAAAAGCUAAAAGGUCCACUGUGUGUCUUGGUUGCUGGCACUUGGUGAUCUUCAACAGAAGAGAGAGAAAUAGCCUUGGCAGGCAGGAGCCAAAUGGCUUAGCUCCUCGCAAUCAUUCUCUUGUCUUGCAAGUAGUUGAGAGAAAUCAACAUGUAUGAGUCACUUGUGGUACAAUUUGACACUUACCACGAGUAUGGGUAGAGGAAGGGAAAAUGUGUUCUCAAUCAAGUUGCAUUUUAGGUACACAAUGUAACAGGCUUAGGUGGAUUACAAAACUGCACUCUUCUAAGAUUUAGAAGCUGCCACACCUCUCAGCAAUUGAGCCUUUAGCUUACUAAAGCAGGACUAGUGUAAACUGACUUGCUUUGCACUUGUACUGCCUUUUAACGUUCAUGCCUUCAACUGUGGUGUCACUGUAUUGUUGGAUCUCGCUGCACUGAUGUAUAGAUGUUAAUCCUCUCUGCCUGACCUGUUCUCUGGCUUGCCUUUCCAGCUUCAAGAUAACAAUUACUUACAGGCAUUGUUCUUGAAACUGAUUCCUGUGCAAGGAAACAUUUGUCAUGACAAUAAAAAUUUAUAUUUUUAACUUUUUGAAUUUAGGUUGUCUUUGAGAUCGUUAUUCAUAUUAUGGUAGUGCACGGGAGCUCCAGUCAGACUGGGAACCCACUGUUCUAGGUGCUGUACAAUUCCUGCCCCAAAGUAAAGCAUAAAACAAGCAACAGAUGGCUAGUGGUAGAUGAGGGAGUAUAAGGAAACAAUGAGAGAAUGUCAUCUGUCCUGAGUUGUUAGCCUUUUUGGUCUGCUCAACCAGAUAUGUAUCACUUUUGCAUGACCAUAAAGAAUGUAACUGGUCGAGAGAAGACCUGCAGUAAGGUUGCUAAGUCAGCAAACAAGGAUGAUGAGCUUCCUUACAAAGGAGGGAUGAGUGUCGAGGACGGGGCGACGAGUUAAUUACUAUGCAAUAUAAAUAUCAGGGAAUACUCUUGACAAUUUGGUUUAUGGCAGUGUCCAAUAUUGUAGACACAAAAUGCUGCUUUCAUAAAUGAUACAAAAUAAUGGCUUAAACUCAAGUGGCUACACUUAUAUUUGCAACAAGAAUCAAAUAUUACCCUGAAUCUUACUAGAGCCAGUGAGAAUUGAAAGCCUCCCAACUUGUUUGUGGAGGAUAGACAAUAUCUUCACUAAAGACAACUCACAAGUUUAUUCCAGCCAGUUGUACAUGGCAGCUGGUGCCUCUAUCAAACAACCAUGGCAACAGGUGUCUUGGGGGGGUAAGUCUCAUUGAGCAGGAAUCAACUAGCCAUGAAAACCAGUUGCUUCAUGUAGAGUGAGGGGGCAUGAAGACUGGAAGCAUUAUUCCUAUUGUGGGGAGAAACUCUGGUGUAGUUAGUCCUCCAUCUUUCAAAGGCAUGUGUCCUUUUUUUUAAUAUAUAUCUCUCUUUUUUUAAUAUCUCUCUUGUAGUAGUUCCUGUAACACUGUGCAAGCUUCAAA